GCUGUCGCCUUAGAGGUCUCUGGCGGUUCAGAUUGCAAGGUUCUGGUGGACCUACAGCCUCGAGUGGGUCAGGGCACCGCCCUGGUGUCGGCCACCAUUGCACUGAGCCUCCCUUCUGGCUAUCCGGGAGAAGCUGAGCCCCAGGUGUCUGUGGAGCGUUCUCGGGGCCUCUCCGACUCUGGCGUGGCGGCUCUCAUCUCUGCUGCAAGGUCCUCGCUGCAAAGCCAUGGACUGGACGAAGAAGGUUGCCUUUGCCAGCUUCUGGAAGACGUCAGCGCGGCUCUGGACCAGGCAAACGACGAGAGCGAGUGCUUGAUUUGCCUGCAGGCCUGCGGCAGCGUCACAGACGCCAGCGUGGUCCACGCACCAUGUGACCACAUCUUCCACGCGGCCUGCCUUGGACGAUGGGCGGAAAUUAAGAUUUCCGAGGCGAAGGAGGCCGCCACAGACAAGACGCAGAGUGUGCGUUCCCAACGGGACGCUCUGUCGCGGGAGUUAGCAGAACUGACCUGUAGCAUGGAGGAUCUGGCUGAGGAGGCGGCGCGUUUGGAAGACCUGAUUGCAAAGCUGACAGCUCGGCGCGAUGCACAGCGGAAGGCGCUGGAAGAGGGCGAGUACCUUGAAGAUGAGGAGGAGGCAGAGGAGGAUGAGCCACCACUGGAAGCCCAGCUGGCCACAGCGAAGAGCGAGCUAAAGUCUGUGCAGGCGAAAAAGCGCCGCUCCGACUUGAAGCAUGCCGACCUCACGGAACAGCACUCCAACAUUGACCAGGACAUUAAAAUCUCUUGUGCUCCAGACUUUUGGGACUAA